GUGAAAUCAGCUAGCUAGAAUAUUCUAGCUCAUUCAAGUGUCUGUGAGUGAAGGCGUUUUAAGGCGGUGUUCACUAGUUUAGAAGUUAGAAAGAAACUGUGCGCCCAUUUAUUCAACACGCUUUUUAAGACGCUUCAAAGCUCUUUCGUUAAACAUCAUGGCAGAAGACAGACAGAACGACAGAAGAUAUCCCCAUAACCUUCAGGGGGUCCUGCAGCUGGCAGUAGAUGCUGGCUCUGCUGCAGAGGGACCUGCACCUGUUCAACCAAUGUCAGAGGAGAGGAAAGCAUGGCUGACACAAGCUCUCGCAGAUGUCUGCAAAGGGCAGGCGGAUGAAGUAGCGCAGAUGAAGCAGUGCUUGACUGUCCUAUGCAAAGACAAAAUGGGUGAGAAGGAGAUAGAUGGAGAGGAGGAGAGGGACGACGAGGAUGAAGAUGAGCGGGAAACAGCCUUCGAGGUGCUGUCGGAGUUGUGUGAGAACCUGGACAAUGCUAGAGAUCUGAUGAUUCUGGGUGGACUAGAGUUGUCCGUGUCCCAGUAUCUGUGUCAUCCUCAAAGUGGGUUGAGGUGGCGCGCUGCCCAGCUUAUUGCCUCCUGUGCUCAGAACAUGCCACAGGUGCAAGUCCACUUGCUAAGCAUUGGAGCACUGCCAAAACUGCUGCAGCUGACAGACUCCGAUCCCCACCCCACCGUCAGAGUAAAAGCCCUUUACGCAGUCUCAUGUUUGAUCCGAGAGCAAGAGGAAGGACUCCAGGCGUUCCUGUCCCAAGAUGGCUUUUCAGUGCUGAUGCGAGGCAUGCAGUCGGAGAAUGAGAAGCUCAGGACCAAAUCGGCGUUCCUUCUGUUCAACCUGCUGACGUCACAUCCUGAACAGAAAGACACAGUUGUCUCCAUGGGUAUGGCACAGCAGCUGGUCUCCGUGCUCCGCACACCACAUUCACCUUUCCACGAACAUGUACUUGGUGCCCUUUGUUGUCUGGUGGAAGACUGUCCGCAGGGGCUCAAAGACUGCAGAGAACCUUCUCUGGGUCUGGAGGACUUACUCAGACAGAGAGCCAGAGAGCUCCAAGGAAAAGAAGAAAGUCAGGAAGAACUGGACUUUUGUGAGCGUCUAAGGAUCACGUGUUUCCGUGGGCAGCAGUCAGAUGAAAGUGGGAUGGAUCGCUGAACUUAAUCUAAUUUGUUUUGCUAUCAGUGUGCUAAGAUGUAACAGAACAUUCAAGAUCUGGAUCGUCAAUCUUGCGUUUUUGUCUGUUACAGCAGUUGCAUGUAAUCCAGAUGCUGGAAUUUUACUGUGUAAAUAACUCAUGUAUAAAAUACUUCUUUUUUUCAGUCCACUGUUUUCAGGCCUUCAUAUCUUAAACGUACCAAAUAUCUCCAUCACAGAUAGUAUGUAUAUUAUUUUCUAUUUUAAUUGUUAAUUAAAAUUAAUUAUAUAAAGAGUUAAUUCAAUUACAUAGUCGUUACAUGUAUUUAAUUGUAAUUUGGUUUGUGUAGCCAUUUCAUUUCAGUUGGUUGUUUCUUAAAACAUGACGCAGAGUUAUGGAGUUGUUUUUUUUACAUCAUAUUUAUUUAUUAACAAAACAAAUGGGAGUAUUUUAUAUACAUAUAAUGACUAGCUCACAAGUGGAAAACAUUGCUAACACAUGCACAACCUACACAUGAACAUGGAUGUUAUGCAAAAUCACUGAUUAAAAUUUUUUUGGUACAAAUCGCAGAAUACAAAUAUUCUGAACACAUAUUGAUUAAGUUUCUUUCAGUUUUUUUUCUAGACUUAUAUUCUAAAAAUGUAUGAGUAUUAGUAUGAUCCAAGUGUUGACCAGUAGGAGAUAUGUUCUUUACCUGUUGUUCUUUUCAUUAAUAUGCACAAAUUUUCAAAAAGUUCUAAGACUUAAAGGGAGUAUUUAUAGGCAGAUUGAGGUUUUUACCAGAGAAAUAGAUGUAAGUUAGGUACUUUAAAUAUUAGCGAUGCUGGUUA